CAACACACAUUUCGGGAGUGUCAAAGUCAAAGUGUGCAUGGUGUUAGCACGCACGCUUUGAGGUUAUACUUGUUUCAAACACGCUUUAGUUUGUGACACUAUUUACAUAUACAAUGUCGUUCCGCGGUAGAGGAGGUGGUGGCGGCGGUCGUGGAGGUUACGGUGGUGGUGGCGGAGGAGGAGGUAGAGGCUUCGGUGGCCGUGGAGGCGGCGGCGGCCGCGGCGGCUUCGGAGGCCGUGGCGGUGGACGCGGUGGCCGAGGCGGUGGCGGUGGUGGUGGAUACAGACAACAAGAUCAAGGCCCGCCUGAGUCUGUAAUCCCACUGGGUCACUACGGCUGGACAGUUCAGGACGAUUUGGUGUGUAAAGUUGACAUCGAAGAUGUACCAUACUUCAAUGCACCCAUCUUCCUCGAGAACAAGGAACAAAUCGGGAAAAUAGACGAAAUAUUCGGUAACCUGCGUGACUACUUCGUAUCUGUAAAGAUGAGUGACAACUAUAAAGCCAACAGUUUCAAGUCCGGACAGCAGUUUUACAUUGACCCGGCAAAGUUACUGCCACUGAAGAGGUUCUUGCCACAGCCUCCUGGUGCUAAGAGAGGUCGUGGUGGCGUAGGCCGUGGAGGACCUCGUGGAGGUCGUGGUGGCGGCGGUGGUUUCGGCCGAGGUGGCGGUGGCGGUAGAGGAGGUGGUUUCAACCGAGGUGGAGGCGGUGGACGUGGUGGUUUCGGCCGCGGCGGCGGCGGAGGAUUCAACAGAGGAGGUGGUGGCUUCAGAGGAGGAAGAGGAGGGCGAUAGCCACUGACUGCAAGUGAUUAGACUAUAGUUAUGUGCAUUUAGAGUUAAGGACCCUGUGUUGAUGUCUUGUUAUAGUUGACCUGCAAGAAGCUGUAUGAGAGAGUAUAAUAUUCAUUAUUAUGACGUCUAUUGUCUUUGUCUACAAGCAUCUACUUAAUGAUCAAUGAAAUGAUGUUUUAGCUGAAGACAACAGAUACUUAUUUUGUCUAUAAUAUGUUGAAUUGUGGAUGCUGGAUAUCUGAUAAAAAUAUUUUGUAUUGAAUGACUUGUAUAAAAACUUGUUAAAUAUGAGAACAUUUAAAGUUUGUUAGGUUUUCCACGAGAUACAGCUAAAUAAAUAUCUAUAAAUGUAUUCCAUAGAUGUAACAUUAAAACCAUAUUACAGUAAUUAUACAUGUGGUAUUUUUCUGUAAAUACAUGUGAUAAUUAUUUGCUAGAGUAUUUAGGGUCCCAUGAAUACCUAAAUUUUUUAAGACAUGACAGUUCAAAUGUUCAAAUAGACACAGUUCUUCACUUAUUUGCAGAUAUAAAAUGUAAAAAAUAAUUUUAAGAAAUAAAACCUAUAUUUUAAGAUAA